UCUGGCUUCAAUCACUUUUCAGCUCAGUUACUCGCCAGCAUCAGGUUCACAAUGUCCUCCGCCGAUUCCACGCUCUACUACACGGCUUUUGACGACAUGUUCAAGGAACUCUUGGCCAUAGAGGGAGAACCCAUGGAUGUAGCUGAAAGAAGGGAGGAAUCUGGCUUGGAAACCCCCAAACGAUAUGUUGAAAUGCGUAAACAAAAGCUAUUUGCCAAGGACUCUGGGAACUUUGUUUUAAGCCGGCGAUCCCCAAAAUUGGAAACAAAAUUUGAUAUGGAAGUGGAUCUAACACCCAGCCGACGCCGGGAGCUCCUUGGUGAUGAAAUCCUACGACUCCGCAAAGAUCGAUCGGAGAAGGAUCGGCUUAAGCCUCAGAGACGUCUCACCUUGAGGAUUUAAAUUUUGAAAAGGAUAAUUUGUGGUCUACUUGACAUAUCGAUGUGCUUCCCUGUUGUAUGCAGUACUAAGUUUUAAGUUUGUUUUUAAGUUCUUUCAAGUAUGCAAUAGUUAUUUCUUGCAGAGCUCGCUGUGAUCCUAAAAUAAAGAUCAAUUAUAGGGUUUUGUCAACUAAAAACUAAAACU